AUGAUAGAGAGAUUGUCUUGUGGGCAUUAUGGACCUUUUGGUGAUACUCGUGUCAAGAGGCUUAAGAGCAUUGGCAUCAUUGAUGCCGUUCCGGGUAUGAAAGCUUUAAAUAUGAAUACUGCUGAAGGUGCCAUUACUGGACUUACUAGAGAGAUCGUCCCUGAAAACGAUUGUUACCGAUUUUUGGCAGGAUUAGCAAUAGCAACAGAUGAUUCUUCAAAACUUGGAACAGUAAUUGGUAUUGAUCUUGGGACAACUUACUCUUGUGUGGGUGUUUCUCGAAACGGUAACAUAGAGAUUAUAGCCAAUGAUCAAGGCAAUAGAAUUACUCCAUCAUGGGUGGCAUUCACUGACAAUGAGCGUCUGAUUGGAGAGGCUGCAAAAAACCAAGCAGCUUCCAAUCCAGAAAACACUAUCUUUGAUGUUAAACGUCUCAUUGGAAGAAGGUUUGAUGAUCCAGAAGUCCAAAGAGAUAUAAAAUUCCUGCCUUAUAAGGUGGUGAAUAAGGAUGGUAAACCUUAUAUGCAAGUAAAGGUGAAAGGGGAAAAGAAGGUGUUUAGCCCUGAGGAGAUUAGUGCUAUGGUGCUGGUGAAGAUGAAGGAGACAGCUGAGGCCUAUUUGGGUAAAAAGAUUAAAGAUGCUGUGAUCACUGUCCCAGCUUAUUUCAAUGAUGCGCAGAGGCAAGCAACAAAGGAUGCAGGGGCCAUUGCCGGGCUUAAUGUGGCUCGGGUAAUCAAUGAGCCUACAGCUGCUGCUAUUGCCUAUGGUCUAGAUGAGAAGGAAGAGAAGAACAUUCUAGUUUAUGAUCUUGGCCGUGGUACAUUUGAUGUCAGUAUUUUGACCAUUGACAAUGGUGUUUUUGAGGUUCUUUCUACAAGUGGUGACACCCACUUGGGGGGAGAGGACUUCGAUCACAGGGUGAUGGACCAUUUCAUCAAGCUGUUAAAAAAGAAGUACAACAAAGAUAUCAGCAAGGAUAAAAAGGCGCACGGGAAACUUCGAAGGGAAUGUGAGAGAGCUAAGAGAGCAUUGAGCAGCCAACACCAAGUUCGGGUGGUGAUUGAAUCAUUUUUAGAUGGUAUUGAUUUUUCAGAAUCAAUGACAAGGGCAAGAUUUGAAGAGCUGAACAUGGAUUUGUUUAAGAAGACAUUAGGGCCAGUGAAGAAGGCUCUGCAGGAUGCAGGUUUAAAGAAGUCCGAUAUCAAUGAGAUUGUGCUUGUGGGAGGAAGUACUAGAAUUCCUAAAGUUCGAGAAUUGUUGAAGGAAAUGUUUGAUGGGAAGGAACCUAACAAGGGUGUCAAUCCUGAUGAAGCUGUUGACUAUGGUGCUGCAGUUCAAGGUGGAAUUCUUAGCGGCGAAGGAGGUGAAAAAACCAAAGACCUGCUUUUGAUUGAUGUUAUACCCUUGAGUCUGGGUAUUGAAACAGUUGGUGGUGUUAUGACAAAAUUGAUCCCAAGAAACAAUGUCAUCCCAAGCAGGAAGUCUCAAAUCUUUACUACUUAUCAAGACCAGCAAACCACAGUGUCUAUAAAGGUGAAAUAAUUAACUACACCUGAGAUCUUGUUACUCGUCAACAUUUGCACUACCACACCGAGGCAUUGGUCGCCGUACCAACAGCCCCAUUUGCAAUGUGUGCUCCCUAACCAUUUCUAAGCUUUACUACAAGUGUUCUGCCUGUUCAUUUGUGGCCCAUCCAACAUGUUCACCUCCUUGGCCUCGAACCGCACGCCAUCCUCGGAACCCCCUACACCCGACCUGCUCGGCGCCGUUGCGGCUCACCAAUCAGGGGCUCUUUUCCAUGUGUUUCUCUUGCAGACAAUUUUGCCGUUCUUGGAGAUACAAGUGCGAUCUUUGCUUCAUUAACUUGCACCGUCGCUGUACUUAAGAGCGGACCUACAGGCUCCACUCCAAUAACAUGGUCAAGAUUGAAUAAGAUACUAUUGCCUGAUAUGUUAAAAUAAGAUGGUUGGAUUUUUAAUUUUCGAAUAUAUAUUAUAUAAAAAUGAUUAUCAUUAUCAAGCUUCUGAAUUGUAGUAAUUAUCUUAGAAUUUGUUGUGAUGCUUGGUUAAGCUUUUCGAGAAUAAUAUUGCAG